AUGAGCGGCCAUUUGGGUCGGGUCCUGCAGUUCCACCUGCGGCUCUACCAGGUGCUCGGCUUCCAUGGACUGCCCCUGCCUGGUGACGUCAAUCCGGACAGAAUCAGAAGGCAGCUGAUGGCGUGGAGUUUGUUUCUCCUGAUCGCGCUGAGUGUCCUGAUUAUGUUUUGCCUAUUCAGCAGCGAAGAGUUCCUUUAUCGUGGCGAUAUGUUCGGCUGCGUAAAUGAUGCACUAAAAUAUGCAUUCGCCGAGUUGGCAGUGGUGGCCAUUUAUGUGGAGACGCUGAGCAGUCAAAGGCAUUUGGCCAACUUCUGGUGGCUUCACCACAAGCUAGGGGGUCAGAAAGUGGGCUCAGGGAGCUUAAAAAGUGAGUGCCAGCAAUACCGGCGCUAUCUUUUAUCUUUGUACAUAAUGAUGGGAUCCGAGUUGCUACUCCAUUUGGUAAUGUGGCAAGUGCAACCGCUGUCCCAUCACAUGCUUCUGUUUUGGUGCACCUACGAACCGAUCGUCUGCCUCACAUACAUGAGAAAUGUGCAAUUUGUCAUGCAUUUGGAGCUGCUUAGGGAGCAGCUUACUUCCUUGGAGCGAGAAUUGGGCCUCCUCGCGGAGUAUUCGCGUUUCGCCAGCGAAACGGGAAGGAGUUUUCGUGGCUUUGAGAGUUUCCUACGCCGCAGGCUACUGCAGAAACAGCGCAUCUAUAGCGAUGUCUAUGACAUGCUCAAAUGUUUCCAGGGCGCCUUUAACUACUCCAUCCUGGCUGUACUGCUCACUAUCAACAUCCGCAUAGCUGUGGACUGCUACUUUAUGUACUACACCGUCUACAAUAAUGUGCCCAAUAUAGAUUACUAUUUGCUCUUGCCCGCCUUGCUGGAAAUUCCCGCCCUGAUAUACGCCUCGCAAAGCUGCAUGGUCAUUGUCCCCAGGAUUGCCCAUCAGUUGCACAAUAUAGUCACUGAUUCUGGCUGUUGCAGCUGCCCUGAUCUUUCCCUGCAGAUUCAAAACUUUUCCCUGCAACUGCUGCAUCAGCCGAUUCGAAUCGAUUGCUUGGGCCUAACUAUCUUGGAUUGCAGUCUUCUUACAAGGAUCGCUUGUUCAGUGGGCACCUACAUGAUCUACACCAUCCAAUUUAUACCGAAGUUCAGUUAUCAGUACAUGUAG